AAAAGUGACGAAGAGAAACAAAAACCUUAAAUAUAUGUCUUCGUUUUGAUAAAGCUUUUGACUAUGGGGAGAAGUUUAUUCAAUGGUGGAUUAGGGUUUUGCUCGCUCUAAGAAGAUCGUUCUUCCAAUUCAAUCAAGUGAGAAAAACAUUUGUGUCAUUCAUUGUUAAAAGCUCUACAAGAGCUGAGAAAAGUAGCAGAAACUGAGGGAAGAAUGUUGAGUUCUGGAAAUAAUAUGAGCAGGAGCGCCGAUAUUCUACCAUUGUCACAAUGUUUGCCACUCGAACCAAUUGUCCUCGACUGUCAGAAAUAUACUCGAUCAGGAGAGCUGAGGCGAGUUCUUGGUGUUUCCCUUGGUAGUUCAUCAGAGGAACAUACUUUUGGAGCUAUUUAUCUGAAACCUUCCCCUCCUGUUGCAACAGAGGAGUUGAAGAAUUUUAAGGAUAGUGUACAAGAUGCUUCCAGAAAGGCCAGGGAUAGGGCAAAAAUGUUCCGUGAAUCCAUAUUUAAACUUGAUAAAUAUCGGGAAGCUUUGAGCUCUAAGAAACGACAGAGAAAUGGAGGUUUGUCAAUUGAGAGGCCAGGAGUGAGCUUGUCAAAGAAUCAGAUUCUUCGAACUCCUCAAGAGCAAGCUACUCCAAGAUAUGAUGAUAAAAGUCAGUCUGCUGGACCUGGUUUGAAGAAGCGCAUCCGCACAUCAAUGGUAAAUGCGGAUGGUAGAUCUGCUGUUAUCUCAAGGCAGCAGAUUAUUGUGGAAAAAGAUAGAGAUCUUCUUAAGGUUGGUGGGGAGAUCCAGAUAGAAGAAAAGAUGAGGAAUUUGGCAGGUGGUGGUGAAGGAUGGGAGAAAAAAUUGAAAAGGAAACGAUCUGUUGGAGCAGCAGGAUAUAGAAGCACAAAUGGGGAACGGGAACUGAAGAAAGAUGUUCACCCUAAGAUGACUCCUCAUGCUAAGCUGCGGACUAAUGAUGCGCUUGGUUUUAGAUCAAGAUCAGCCACAGGAAUGGGUGGAGUAGAUAAAACAUCCGAGAAUUCUGAGCUAAUUAGUCCAAAGCCCAGUCCAUCGCUGAGGAAUGAAUUGGAAAAUGUUGCUUCUCUAAAGGAUCGGGCUAGUACAAUGGAUGAGAGGGUUCUACCUAAAGGAAAUAACAUGCUAGGUCAUGAGGAAAAUUCAGCUGAGAAGAUAUCGAGAGCACAAAAAGCGGGCUCUGUCAUUACAGUUGACUUAUCUCCUCAUGGCCAUCAAUCUUCUGGAACUAUAGAAUCUUUGGAGCUUCCUUUUACUCAAAGAGGUCAGGCCUUAGGUUUGACAAAUGAUAAUAAACGUCCUCUGGCCAUUGCUGGCUCAUCUGCUAAUUCUGUAACCCAUUGGGGUGGUCAGAGACCACAAAAGAUCUUGCGUACAAAAAGGUCUAAUGUUGCUUCUCCUGUGGCAAGUAAUGAUGAAACCCAUAUCUCAUCUCAAAGCUAUAUGGCAUCUGAUCAGAGCACUAAAUUUUAUUCUCCUGAAACCAACAAGUCAUCAGAGAGUGAUAACCCAAAAUUCAAAAUAAAGCUUGAGAAAACUCCAUCUCCAGUUGGAUUAUCUGAAGGCGAAGAGUCAAGAGAUAGGGAGAACAACGUGAAAGAGAAAGUGUUAGAUAUUGCUGUUACUACAAAUCUUGUUAAUGGGUCUUUUCCUUUUACUUUGAGGAAAAACAUAGUUUUUGCAAAGGAGGAAACUGGAAAUGGAGGUCAUGGUCAGGGAAGGACAGGGAGAUAUUUUCCAUUUACUAGGCCAUCGGGAAAUUUUGUGCUUGAAUCAGAAACGGUACCUCCAACUAAGCAACUACAAUGCAUGAAGCGGGGUCCUGACAAGAAUAGAAGUAAGUCGGGUCGUCCACCUGUAAAAAAGCUAAAGGAUCGGAAAGUUCCGACUCGUGCCGGACCUGUGCUCAAUAGCGGCAAAUCGGUGUGCACUGGUGGACAGAAUGGUGAUCGUGAAGAACUAUUAGCUGCAGCAAAUUCAGCCCGGAAUGCUAGCCAUGCUGCAUGCUCUGGUUUAGUUUGGAAGGAAACAGAACCCCUCUUUGCUUCUGUCAGUCCAAAAGACUUAUUAUACUUGAAGCAACAGCUUUCUGUUGCGGACAACCUGAAUGAAAGUUUGGGCCAGUUUUUCCGUUAUGAACGCAAUCUUUCGGGUGAUGUCAGGGACAAAAAGGUUUCUGAUUGCUCUGGUCAGUCAAAUGAUGAAUCUGGUAGCAUUUCUGAAGGACUUAAUAUGGGAAGGAGGCUGGAUAGUGUUCCCACAUUAUAUGAACGACUUAUUUCUUCUUUGAUUGACGAAGAUGAAAUUGAAGAAUUUUAUCACCAAGAUGAAGGGAGAAACACGUCCUUUCAGAGCGUCAGUGAUGAUUCACAUUGUGGUUCAUGUAUUGAUGAGUCAGAAGUGGAUUUUCAGGCCCAGAAACCGUGUAUAUUGGACAGAUUGUCUUGCAACAGGAGUGUUUCUUCAAAUGCACACAGUAGUAACCGAAGUGUGUCCAGUUCUCUAUGCAAUAGUGAACAAUGGCAAGCAGAUGAUGGCUUGUCAAGUUUCGAUGUGGGAAAUACCUCUAGGAUUUCUCAUAGUGAUCCAUAUGUGCCAAUUCUUUCCCCAGCAAAUGCAAGUGGUGGUUCAAUAACCGAUUCUCAAUAUCAGCUGAUGAGUUUGGAUGAAAGAAUUGCUCUUGAGUUACAGAGCGUUGGUUUAUAUCCAGAUAAUAUGUCUCUUUUACAGCCUGAGCUUGCUGAGAGGGAAAAUGGCCUCAAUCAAGAAAUAGCUGAGCUUCAACGGGGUCUGCUUCAAAAUGUGGGAGAAGUCAAGAAAUGUUUGGGGAAAAUAGACAAAGAAAUAGAAUCAUCUAGAAUUUCUGAAAUGAGGGCAAUUGAACAGCGUGCUAUGGAUGAUCUUGUUGUGAUGGCUUACAGAAAAAUAGCGACUAGUAGAAAUAGCAAUUCUUCAAGAGGUAUGGCUCGUAGGGUCCCAAAGGAGGUUGCUCUGGCUUUUGGGAAACGUGCACUGGCCAGAUGCCACAAAUUUGAAGAAACUGGGAGUAGCUGCUUUCUUGAACCCCCGUUUAAGGAUAUUCUCUUCUCUACAACUCUAAGGAACAAAGAAAUCGAGUCCAUUAAAGUUUCUGGUCCUGGAGCUGUUACCAACCCCUAUCAUGAGGGUUUUACCCACAAAGCCACAACUGGUAGUUCAGCAGCAGUCUUUAGCAAUGUUGUUAAGAAUGAGUAUCAUAGUUGGGGAAGACAAAGAGAAGGUUUACUCAAUAACCUGGCUGGCAGUGGCAUAAUCACAAAUGGAGAAAUGUUAACAAAUUCAACUGCUAGAGUUGUUGAGCGAAAAGCAAAAGCAAAGCCGAAGCAAAAGACAGAAAACGGGAUUCAUCCAGUGAGAGGAGGAGGAGGAGGAGGAGGAGGACAGAGCUCAGGUCGAAUUCAGGGAAAUCAUCAUCCCAAGGAAGAAAAGGGAACUACUGAUUUUGCUAAUUUGCCACUAAAUGAGUUGGAUUCAAUUGAUCUAGGAAUGAAUAAGGAUGGCCUUGGAGGUACUCAAGAUCUGAGUUCUUGGUUGAACUUUGAAGAAGAUGGUUCGUUUGAUCAUGGUGAUUCUUCUAUGGGCCUUGAGAUACCUAUGGAUGACCUUUCAGAUUUGCAGAUGCUCAUGUGAAUCAUUGAGUGGAAGAAGAUAUGCAGCAAGAAUCUUACUUAGCUUCCUUUUUUUAAUUUUUAUUUUUUACCUUUUGCAAUUCAUUCUUUUUUUUUAAGCUCUUUCAUAGGAGAGAGUAGUAACUAGUAGUAGUAUUAUUAUUAAGGAUGUUUUUAUAUCAUAUAUUAGUUUUAAAUGAAUUGACUCCUCAUUUUUAAUUUCAUCUAUAGUUUGGUGUACA